AUGGCGGACUCGAUCAAUCCUCCACUCUCCUAUGAACCCUCUGCGACAACCACUCACCCCCAUGAGGCAACGUCUCUACCUUCGGAGGUGGUGUCCUGCCUGAAGAACUCCCGCUUUCUGCAUCUGGCAACAUGUGACAAUCUGACCCCUCACAUCUCAUUGAUGUCUUACACCUACCUGCCAUCAACCCCCUUCGACCCGUAUCCGACCAUCAUCAUGACCACAAACACUGCAUCCCGCAAAACAAACCAUCUCCUUUCCAACCCACGGGUUUCUCUGCUUGUGCACGACUGGGUGUCCCAUCGUCCCCCAACUCGGGCGCCGAGUGGGCAGGGUGAACGGGACGGCUCUCCCCCACCCGCCGCGACCCGGUCCUCUUUGGCCAGCCUGCUGUUGAACUUGAACACCAGUGCCCUGUCUAGUAUUUCCACCACCAUCACGGGCCAGGCACGCUUCUUGGAACCCGGUUCCGAGGAGGAGCGCUGGUGCAAGGAGCGCCACCUGGAGAACAACACCUUCGAGGAAGAGGAGAUCAACAUCUUCGGACAAGGGCAACAACAGCACAGCAAUACCGCGGCCCGGCGGCCCAGCAUGACCAUUGAGGGCGACGUGCGUGUCGUGACUGUGCGGGUGCGCGAGGGUCGUAUUGCCGAUUGGACGGGCGGAGUACGUGACUGGAUCCUGCUGCCUUCCGAGACCUCCCAAGAAGGUCUUGUCAACGGGGUAUAG